AUGGCUCUCGAUCGUCUGAAGCAGAUGGCCUCUCAGGUCACUGGCCAAGCAAAACCACCUCACCCUUUCGACCCUCUCUCUGAAAGCGAGAUCGAGAGAGCUGUGGCUAUCAUCCGCAAGGAGCACGAUGGCCUCUUCUUCAAUGCAGUGACGCUGUGGGAGCCGCGGAAAGCAGACAUGAUGAAGUGGGUCGCAGAUCCGGAUCACACACAGCGACCGCACCGAAUAGCAGAUGUUGUAGCCAUUGGCAGAGGCAGCAAGGUGUACGAUGGCAUUGUGGAUCUGGAAGAGGGCAAGAUCCUAAACUGGGAGUUGACUGAGGGUGUGCAACCCCUGAUCACCAUGGAGGAUCUCCAGAUCGUAGAGACUGUAGUGCGGAAGGAUCCUAAGGUCAUCGAGCAGUGUGGAUUGAUCGGCAUCCCGCCUGAGGACAUGCACAAGGUCUACUGUGACCCAUGGACCAUCGGCUACGACGAGCGCUUCGGCAGCAGCGUCCGCCUCCAGCAGGCACUCAUGUAUUAUCGCCCACACGUCGAUGACAACCAGUACACAUAUCCUCUAGAUUUUUGCCCCAUCUACAACUCCGAUACCCAAGAAAUUAUCCACAUCGAUGUACCUGCAGUACGGAGACCCGUAAACCAGGCACCCCCUAACAACUACCACGCCGCGGCCAUUGAAGCAGAAGGCGGCUACCGAACUGAUCUCAAGCCCAUCGAGAUCACUCAACCCGAAGGCGUCUCAUUCACCAUGGACGGCCGAAUCAUCAGCUGGCAGAACUGGAAAGUCCACGUGGGGUUCAACUACCGAGAAGGCAUGGUCCUCAGCAACAUCACCUUCAACGACAAAGGCAACGAGCGGCCCGUCUUUUGGCGGAUGUCCCUCGCGGAGAUGGUCGUGCCCUACGGCAACCCCGAGCACCCCCACCACCGCAAACACGCCUUCGACCUGGGCGAGUACGGGGGCGGCUACAUGACCAACAGCCUGAGCCUAGGCUGCGACUGCAAAGGCGCGAUCCACUACCUCGACGCCGCGUUCGUGAACCGCGCGGGCGCUGCGACGACCAUCAAGAACGCCAUCUGCAUCCACGAAGAAGAUGCCGGGAUCCUGUUCAAGCACACCGACUUCCGCGACGACUCCGUAACGGUCACACGCGCACGAAAGCUCAUCAUCAGCCACGUCUUCACCGCGGCAAACUACGAGUACUGCGUCUACUGGGUCUUCCACCAGGACGGUACCAUCCAGCUCGAAAUCAAGCUGACAGGCAUCCUGAACACGUACGCCAUGAACCCAGGCGAAGACACCAAGGGGUGGGGCACGGAAGUCUACCCCGGCGUCAACGCGCACAACCACCAGCACCUCUUCUGCCUGCGGCUAGACCCCAACGUCGACGGGCCGAACAACACGGUCUUCCAGGUCGACGCCGUGCGCGGCGCGGGCGAGGUCGGCAGCGCAGAGAACAAAUACGGCAACGCGUUCUAUGCGCAGAAGACGAAGUUCGAGACGGCGGAGCAGGCGAUGAGCGACUACGACGGGAACACGAGCCGCACGUGGGACAUGGCGAACACGAACAAGAUCAAUCCGUACAGCCACAAGCCUGUGAGCUACAAGCUCGUGAGCCGAGAUGUUCCGACGCUGCUGCCCAAGGAGAACAGCUUGGUGUGGAAGCGCGCUGGAUUCGCCAGGCACGCCGUGCAUGUCACGAAGUACGACGACGCACAAAUCCACCCUGCAGGCCGGCACGUGCCCCAAACCUCCGGCGAGCCCUCCCCCGGCCUCCCCGCCUGGAUCGCAGCGAACCCGAGCGCCUCAAUCGACAACACGGACAUUGUGCUGUGGCACACCUUCGGGCUGACGCACUUCGCGGCGCCCGAGGACUUCCCCGUCAUGCCCGCCGAGCCCAUGACGGUGCUGCUGAGGCCGAGAAACUUCUUUACCAAGAAUCCGUGUUUGGAUGUGCCGCCGAGCUUCUGCUCGGUGCCGAGUGGGAUUCGCCAGGGGAAUUCGCUCGUCGAUAAGGUGAGUCGGUUGGCGUUUGGGCAGUCGAAGGGGCAGGAGACGGGGGGGAAGUGCUGUUAG